AUAAUUUCGGGACGUUUGCCGCAAACCGACUUCACACCCGUGGAUGAGAAUAAGGUUGUUAUCAACGUACCAGACAUUGAUCAUGUGAACUAUAUUGUGGUAUUCUUGACUGGUGUAACAGCGCUUCCCGAAGGUACAGCAGCCGCGGUAUACUUUAGCUGGCCUGAUGCAAAUUCAGCUCCAACAUGGCAAUAUUUGGGCUACGUCUCCAACGCCAAACCGUCAGCGAUCUUUAAAAUAUCUCAGUUAAAAAAAAGUAAUGAACUGGAAGCAGCGGAAAACGGCAUGAUUUUCGGAGCACAAGAGAUUUCGUGUACUGCACAAAUUGGUAUAUCAGUGGAACCGGAGCUAACAAUUUCUCACCUAACGCCGGCAGUGCAAAACGCCAAUGCAAAUCUGCACUUUAGUCAAAAAAUGUUAGAAAGUUUUUUCAAUUAUGCGUCCAGUUUUACGGUGACUCCACAACAACUUCCGCCACUGAGUAGCGAAACUCUGGUGCCCCUGUCCACGUUACAAAAUUGGUACACAAACUUUCAACGAAGAAUGGCUCAAAAUCCGAAUUUCUGGAAAUACUGAUUUGACGGCACGGAACUCGCGCUCGCACACAGAGGUGGAAGAACAAUUCAUACACACAAGAGUUUGUUCCUCAAAUUGAGCAUUUAUCUGAUUAAGUGGCGCGCUAAGUUGCAGGAUACAAAACCUGCGUAAGAGCUGUUCUAUUUAAAUUUUUAUGAGUUUGCAGAAUUUUACUAAUAAAUCGCAAAUUCAUUAAUUGUCCGCUGUAACAAAUAUGUAUGUAUGUGCAUGCAAUUGUAUUUGAAUAUACUCUAAUUC